UAUUACAUGUAUCUUAUUACCGAAAAAAAAAGAAAAAAGAUGUGUCUCUCUCUUACUGUUUUCCGAUCUGUCUAUAUAUAUAUAUAAGAUUUUGCUCGUGCUCUCGCUCUUACACCCCUCCAUUUUUCUCUACAAAUUUCAUCUUCAUCACCCCCACCCACCCAACCCCCCUCUUUACAACCCAGCUGUUUCACCGAUCCAUCCAUGGUCUCAUUUCUCUUUGGUUAACUGGCGGACAUAUUUAUCAUUAAAUUUGCAAUGGUUAGAGGUGUUGGAAUUAGAAGUUGCAGUGAUGUCUCUAACAGCUAGGUCCAAGUCAGAGGUUAAAAAGGUGAGUAUUUCAAAGCCUUCCAGUGCAAAAGCAGGUGCUGGAGUUCCCACCAGUGGAUACAAUCCUCUUCUGCAAACGUUCCAUUCACUUGACACAGCUCCUUGGACUUCAAAUGCUUCAGUCCACGUCAAUGAUCGUUUCAAAAACAUUAAUGAGACAGAUGACCUUAGUGGGCACUCUUAUGGAGCUGGUGGAGAGUAUGAAACUGUUUCCAAUAAUGGUAGCUUGUCUGGUGAGUCGGAUGAACAUAAAGAGAAAACAUCUAAUCUUCCUCUCCGACAAGAGUCCUUUUCUGCAGCUGAUAAUGACAAGCGGGAAAAAAACCGUCAGAAAAAUGAGAAGAAGCAUCAACGUCAGAAGGAAAGGCGAGCGCAAGAGCUGCAUGAGAAGUGUAAUGGCUAUCUCAUGUCGAGAAAGCUUGAAGCACUUGCUGAGCAGCUUGUAUCUAUGGGGUUCUCCUCGGAACAGGCAACUAUGGCUCUUAUUCUUAAUGAAGGCAAAGUAGAAGAAUCAGUAGCAUGGUUAUUUGAAGGAGGCGAAGAAGCAUACAAAUACGAGGAACAAGGUCUUGAUACUGGGGAUAAUUUGAAAAUUGACAUAUCAGAAGAGUUUGCUCGCAUUGCUGACUUGGAAAAUAGAUUCAACUGCUCCAAGCAGGAUGUUGAAAGAGCAGUGGUAGCCUGCGAGGGCGAUCUUGGAAAGGCUGAAGAUGUGUUGAGAUCACAAAAGCAGGAGGUUCCUCCCUCUGUGCUGCUCAAGCCAGAAAAAACUAGCGCUCCUCCUACUAUGUGCAAUGACAAGCUACAUCCUACUAUGGGCAAUGACAAGCUACAUCCUUCUGCGGGCAGGGACAAGCUACCAAUUGGCGCCGCUCAGAACUUACCAAGAGUACUGGUAAAACCUUCAUCAUCUAGUACAAUACCAGCAAAGAGAGAUGAUAAAGUCUUUGGUUAUACUAAAGUUGUCCCAGCAGGGCCUUCUAUGGAUCCUGGGAGCAAAAACAUACCCUUGCUGAAAAGGGAUCAGCCAGAAUUGGACUGGGGCAAGUCACAUCAAGUGUCGGUACCUGUUGACAAAAAGUGUCUGAAUUCCGGAGAGAAUCCUUCUAUUUCCUUUUCUUUGUCAUCUUCUGUGGAGGUGUCAGUUCCAGCUCCCAAGACAGAAACUCGUUAUGUGGCAGUUGAAAAUGAAUUGAAGAAUCUACAAAUAGAAACUAUGAAGGAACCAGUUACAGUCAUGCAACGAACCCCGUCUGUUAAUGCCAGGCACACUCCCACUUCAAAUGUAAGCUCAUCUCUUCCAGGAACAGUAGUGCCAUUUCUUUCUAAUAAUAUUGUUGGAACAAUGACACCCAAUGAUAUGAUUCCACAUAUACCUGUCACAAGAAGCUUGAGCAUGAAUGGUUUCAGCAGUAACCAAUUGUUCAACCAACUCCAUCAUCAACAGCACCAACAGCCAGAACAACUUGUUUCCAGCUGUGGGACACAUGAAUCUCCAGGAACUAGCUGGGGAAAUAGUUUGUGGAGUAGGACAGUUGGUGCAUUACAGACGCAACCGACUGCCGCAGCUACCUCGCCUGGACUCUUCUCCAAUUUAGGCACCAAUAGUACUUAUGGGCUGUUGUCUCCUGUUGACUGGAGUACCGGUAGUCGCCCAGUUAUGCAGGUAGAUUACAAAAAGAUAGACUGGAGUUUACAUGGUAGUUUGCCAUCAUCAGGCGUUGACUGGAGUUUACAUGGCGGUUCGUCAUCAUCAGGCGCAGACUGGAGUUUACAUGGCGGUUUGUCAUCACCAGGCGUCGACUGGAGUUUACAUGGCGGUUCGUCAUCAUCAGGUGUAGACUGGAGUUUAGAUGGCGGUUCGUCAUCAUCAGGCAUAGAGUGGUGCGUAGAUAGAGGUUCAGUAUGGUCAGGAACAGGUGAUACGUGGCCAACAAACCAGCCAACAACAGACUCCCUUAUGCAACACUAUAAUCCUGACUAUGAAGCAUUUUACCGUGGACCUGAAAAGUCUACUGCAAGACCUGUUCUGCCCAAUGAGAUUGAUGUUUGUAUCCCCGGGUUGCAGAAUGGAGUGAGUACAGCAGAGACUGCGGCAGCGGGUGCUUCUGGUGUGUGGACUUCUCCCUUUGAAGAGAGAGAUCUCUUUAGCUUACCUAGGCAGUUUAUUUCUCCCCCCUCUCUCUAAAAGGUAGGGAUAGAGGAUUUGAGACUAUAAAAAACUUUAGAAAAAGAGAAUAGCAAAAUACGCUUGGACUUGGUGGUUGGUUAUGUUUGGCUCAUAUGUGCAUUAUUACCCUCUUGUUAUUGUGAAAAAAAUAAUAAUAAAAAAAAAGCAAGCCCUUGUUUGUGUUA